AUAAGGAAAACCAUUGAGCAAAGUGAGAUGAAGCCACAAUUUGCCAAGUGGAAAUUUUUCCAUUCAUUUGCCAUCAGUGUGCUGCUGUUGGCUUUGUAUCCCACUGCUACUGUUGCCAGCAUGAAUGAAGAGCUGGCUAAAUGUCUGGAAGAUGACGAUAAUUAUCGGCUCAUGGACACAGUGCAGACUGGCCUUCCUCAGAUCAAGAAGUCUCAUCACGUUAUUAUUGUUGGGGCUGGGAUCGCUGGGCUGACGGCUGCCAAGCUAUUGGAAGGUGCAGGACACAAGGUAACCAUCAUAGAAGCUAGUCCUCGUGUGGGAGGAAGGGUGGAGACCUACAGGGAUGAAGAAAAUGGCUGGUAUGCUGAUUUGGGUGCAAUGAGGAUACCGAGUAACCACCAGAUCAUCCGCUGGUACAUCAAAGAAAUGGGGCUCAAGCUGAAUCCAUUCAUCAUGUAUGACUCCAACACUUUUUACUUGGUUAAUGAACGGAACAGGACGAGGACAUACGCAGUGACAGCAAACCCCGACAUCCUGAAUUAUAAACUGCCAGAGAGGGAGAGGGGGAAAUCAGCUGACGACCUGUUGUGGCAGGCUUUGCAGAAGGUGAGAGACGAAAUUAAAGCCCAUGGAUGCAAAGCUGCAUUUAAGAAAUAUGACCAUUAUUCAGUAAAGGAGUACCUGAAAGAGGAAGGUGGUUUAAGUCCAGAGGCAGUGGUUAUGAUUGCAGAGUUACUGAAUGAACAGAGCAUGAUGCAUCUGGCUCUGACUGAGAUGCUCUACGUCGAGAAUGAUGUCAGCGAUAGCACAACGUAUGAUGAAAUAACUGGUGGGACAGAUCUCCUCCCCAAAGCUUUUCUCUCUUUCAUUAAUGGUCCCAUCCUCUUCAACUCCAAAGUCAAAUUCAUCAGCCAGUCAAAUGAGGGUGUAACUGUGUCAUAUAGAAGAAAGGGCGAGUCAGCUUUGACAUACAUUACUGGUGAUGCCGUCUUAGUAACAACCACAGCCAAAGCUGCCCUCUUCCUGGAUUUCAACCCACCUCUCUCCACCCAGAAAAUGGAGGCAUUGAGGGCUGUCCACUAUGAAUGCUCCACUAAAAUCAUCCUCACCUUCAAGAGGAAGUUCUGGGUGGACGAUGGCAUCCAUGGAGGAAAGAGUAUCACAGACCGGCCCUCUCGUUACAUCUACUACCCCAGCCACAGUUUCCCAAGAAAUCAAACAAUUGGUGUCCUCUUGGCUUCCUACACCUGGGCUGAUGACGCCCAGUUUUUACAAGGUGCGACCGAUGAAGACCUUAAAGAGCUAGCAUUGAGAGAUUUAGCGAAGAUUCAUGGUGAGCAGGUGUGGGACCUCUGCAUUGGGGUGGUGGUGAAAAGGUGGGGCAUUGAUCCAUACAGCUUGGGUGGCUUUGCUUUCUUCGCGCCAUACCAACACAUAGAGUACGCAAAGGAGCUCUUCAGAAGUGAAGGUAGGGUCCACUUUGCUGGGGAGCACACAGCUUUCCCUCAUGCUUGGAUUGAGACAUCUAUGAAAUCAGCUAUUAGAGCAGCUAAAAACAUCAACAACGCUGCACACGAGGAGUUGGCUAGAAAUCAAGAUCGAAAUGAGCUCUGA